AUGUCCAUCCGCACCAAGCUACAGAAAAAGCAGCAUGUGAUUGAGGCCCUAUGCAACGCCAAGUUCAAAUUCCUUGGCCGCCAGAAUAUCCACUUCUCAGAGAAGUGGGACUUUACCAAGUUCAGUGUAGAUGAAUUUGAAGACAUGAUGGCUGAGAAGCAGCUUAUCCCAGAUAGCUGUGGGGUCAAGUACACCCCUGAUCCUGACCCUCCAGACAAGCGGUUAGGCGAUUCUUUCCUUCGCUGUCCAGUUUGCAGAGCCGUCUUGGAGCUGGCAAGGGUCCUCCCUGCGUCGUCCUGGCUCUUGGGAAGGAACCAGGCGGGCUGCGGAAGUGGCGCGCCCUCGUCCGCCCGCAAGUCCUUGGAAAGCGCAGGCGUCGUGCGCUCUCCAGCGCCCUGCCAGGGUGCAAGGGCAGGACAGGGGAAGAUGAGCAGGUGCGAGACAGGGAGAAGCCAUCCUCCUUCUGGCUCCAGCGGCAGCGGUACCAGUGGCUGUAUACUACAGGGGGCCCGAGAAGCAUCUGAGGCUCCAGCGGAGACACAGGGUUGGCUUCUGCUCCGCAGCAGUGGGGACGUCUCCAGACAUUCAGCAGCUCCAGCCCGGGGACUGCUACAGCUUCUGACCUCUGGUUUCGACAUGACAGCUCGCCAGUUUCACAAUGCAUACCUUCCUUAUCAGAGACCGUUGAUGAUGGAGAUGCUCUGGCCAGUCUACAGAGGAUGCGCGGAGGAUUUUCGUGUCCUCUGCUUCGCCUUCGGAUGUCAGAAGGCGGAAAACUCCACGCUCAGAUUAUGCUAAUGCUGCCAUUUGUGUACAUGUGACCCAUGAAGAGAUAUGAAGCUCAAGUACACAUGCAUGUUUCUCCUUUCAUAGACAUUAAUGAUUCCUCCUACAGCUUAUUAAAUAUGUAUAUUUGGCCACUACGCUCAGCAUACAUUCCUGUCUUAUGCUUCCUUCCCUCAAAGUGCCUAUUUCUGGCUUGUGGCUUGGGACUACACUUCCCAGCCUAUCUGAAUGGCAGCCUGCAAGGAUGCAUAACCCUAACCCUUUAUGAGAAAUAAAGCUCUUUUCUAUGCUU